CGUCACGCAUAUUUUUUCUUUCCAGCUUUAUUGUUCCUUUUCAAUUUUUACAAACCUGUCUAUUAUUACUUUCACUACAUUCUAAACCAUGAGAAGCCGAAUUCUUCGAGACAUGAAGGCUCGUACCGCCGUUGCCAACAACGAACUUAUCAGACAGGCUUACCGAUACAUUACGCGUAACGAAACCCUCCCUGCUCGAACUCGACAUCAAGCACAAUUGGCUUUGAACUCCCUGCCAACCAACACUGCUCCUGUCUUCCUUCGAAAUCGCUGCUUGGAGACUGGUCAUGGCUCCGGUGUAUUCCGGGAAUUCCGUUUGUGUCGUUUCCAAUUUCGCUUGAAGGCACUUAAUGGUGAACUUCCUGGGGUCAAGAAAUCUUCGUGGUAAAUAAAUAGGUCCCUCCACAGUGGAUUUGCCGUAUUUUAUUCUACCAAGCCAGUUCUUUAAAAACAACAAACAGUUAAGAAAAAUAUUCCAAACACAAACAUCAAUAGGCAUUUUAUCAUUUUCGUAUUAUGCCGUACACCCUGUAUCAUACCGCUUCCCUUUGCUUUACCCCUCUUCGGUGUCAUCUUUUAAUAGACCAUCCCCUUCGCAUCCCUCCCCCCAUAAAAUAGACCAACAGCGAACAAUAAAAGUAAAGAUCCAAUGAGAUUUAGUCUGCUGCUGUGAUUAGAGG